AUGCAGGCCGUCGCCCUGCCCACGAUGGAGUCGGAGCUGAGGGCUCUCGCGUGGGCGACGCUGCUCACCCCGGCGUGCGCGGUGUACGCGCGGUUCGCCGCUUGCUGCCUUCGCCCGGGCAUCCCGCGCCUGGCCGCGCUCCUCCCGACAUUCCCAGUGUUCGUGUACAUGCCCUGCAUGUUCAGCUCCCUCCACCUGCGCCUCUUCUCCACCUUCUUCCACACCUGGCUGGCCACCAAUAAGCUCGUCCUCCUCGCGCUCGACCUCGGCCCGCUCCACCCACGCCUCCCGCUCCUGCCGUUCGUCCUCUGCGCCGGUCUCCCCAUCAAGGUCCGUCUCCGGCAGAGCCAGCAGCAGCCUACUAAGAAUCAGCCGCCGUCGUCGUCGUCGCCGCCGCCCGGCGCCGAGUUCUUGAGGCCCUGCGCCCGCAGCGUCUUGCUCCUCAGCUGCCUCACCGUGGCGUACCCCUACACGGGGUGGCUCCCGCUCUACGCGCUCCACUAUCUCUACUGCAUUCAGAUCUUCCUCACGCUCGACCUCGUGUUCUCCUGUGUCAUGCUAGUCUCCGCGGCACUCAUGGGCGGCGCGAGCCUGGAGAGACAGUUCAACACGCCGCUCGCCGUCACCUCGUUGAACGGCUUCUGGGGCCGACAGUGGAACCUGAUGGCCGUCGACCUCCUCCGCGAGUCGGCGUACGAGCCCGUGCGCGCUAGGUGGGGCCGGGACGUCGGCGUGCUGGCCGCGUUCCUAAUGUCGGGCCUGCUCCACGAACUCCUGUACUGGUACCUGACGCUGCAGCAGCCCAGAGGUGAGAUGCUGCUCUUCUUCAUGUUCCACGCCGCGUUCCAGAUCGCUGAGCGAUGGGCCAGGGCGGCUGGGCUGUGGCGGCCGAACAAAGCGGUGGCGUACCUUCUUGUCACGGCCUUCAUGGUGGUCACCAUAUCGGAGAUGUUCUUCGGGCCAUUUGUGAGAGCCGGCACUGACGUGCGCUUGAAGGAGGAAACCAUGGCGAUGGUGGAACUGAUUUGGGGUGCCAGGAAGUAUCUACUCCGUCCGUUUAGGGUGGCUUCAAGCUAG